GACUCGGUGAUGAUGAUGAUGAUGAUGAUCACAAUCACAAAAACUCAAUUGAUUACAACCAGUGUCUUCCUCUCAUCUGAUACCUUUCACAAGCUUCACAAUGGCGCAAUCGAGCCAUCGCGAUGACUUCUUUCAGACUACAGCUUCCCUUGAUGAGCAAAAACGCAAGGAUGCCAAGUCACAAAAUACCAACGGAAACCCUAUUCGGCUCCAGAGCAAGAUUCUGGCCGUCGCUGCUGAUCCCUUAAACGCAAACGCUGUCUUCGUGGCUCAGAGUGGUGGAACAGUGCGCAAGGUCAUACUCGAAACCGGAGAAACCGCAGCCAUCUACAAGGGACCAACCGCACCGAUUACGAGCUUAUGCUUUUCACCCAAUGGUCGCCUGUUAUUCGCUGGGUGCUGGGAUAAGACGGUUUGGAGUUGGGAUGCAACUACAAAGGAACGCAAGCUGCGAUAUGAAGGCCACACGGAUUUUGUCCGGUCCGUCAUCAGCACGAGACUACGUGGGCAAGAUGUUCUGGUUUCGGGUGGCGCCGAUGCGCAAAUAAUAGUUUUCGACAUCGCGACUGGGCAACGAUUGGCCGUGCUGAAGGGCCACGCCAAGGGGAUUCAAAAUUUGGCCUUUGAUCCCAUCUCGCUGGACUCGGAUAGCCCAGAGCCGAUUGUAUUCAGUGCCGGAAGCGACAGAGAGAUUCGCCAAUUCGACAUCUCUAAGGGCAGCCAAGAUCAAACCGGUACCGCUGCAAUCCUGGCUCACGAGACCAACGUGCACAAACUGUUCUUCGACCAGGAUGCCGAUUUGUGGACUGCUUCAGCCGACAAGACCACCAAGUGCUUGAGUCGAGAUGAAGGCUGGAAACCCAACACAACCCUGGAUCAUCCCGACUAUGUUCGUGAUGUGGUGGUUUAUGAGCAAGGUGGGUGGGUGGUCACAGCGUGCCGUGAUGAAGAGGUCCGCGUAUGGAAUCGAUCGACCGGACAACUCUACCAUACCUUCUCUGGACAUUACGAAGAAGUGACAGGGCUAGUACUCGUGGGUGCAACAGUUGUCAGUGUCAGUAUUGAUGCCACUAUCCGACAGUGGUCUCUGAAGCCCGAUGAGCUUCAGACGGCAGUAGCCAUGGCACAAAAGACCUCGACCGAGGAUGAAGAGCAGCCCACCAACCCCGGGUCGAUGCUUACGGAAGAGGAGGAGCGGGAGCUGGCCGAGCUUAUGGGCGAGGACUGAGACUACUCCAAGAAUUCAUAAAUGACCGUCACG